GUGCCACCAUGUGGAGAUAAAGGAUUAUAUCUUCAGAUAAACAGACUACCACUGCCUUUUCCUGCUUCAUUUUGUCUUUCCCUCUGUCCUUAGUGAUGUCCAUUCUGCAUCUUGGACCUCUCACCUUUGGGCUUCCUGAAUUUGACCUCUGACCCUCACACCCUCAAACACUCUUCUGAUGUGUUAAGCAAACUUUGCUAAACGGUUUGAUGGAGAGUUGGUCGGAUGACAGCUGGAACUGUUGUCAUAACUGGAGGAAUACUGGCCACGGUGAUACUUCUGUGUAUCAUAGCUGUGCUCUGUUACUGUCGACUCCAGUAUUACUGCUGUAAGAACAAUGGAUCUGACAGUGGCUCCAUCUCUCAGCAACACUUUGCCUGUAAAGCCUGCAGCAUGUCCGGUUUGGAUGAAGCAGUCGUCACACCACUGUCCCUGCCACCGCCAGAGGUGCCCCUGUCCUCAAAUCCCGCCAAACGUGGGAGAGGCCGCCGUAAUUAUUGCCCAACCUGCUCUCCCUACAACUCGCCCUUCUACAUCCGCACCACUGAUGAGAUUCUCAAUGGCGGCGAGCGUGUCACCUACAUGCCCACGCACUAUGAAAACCCGGCACUGGCGAUGCCACUGCCCGCUAUCCGAGGGUCCCUGCUGAGGGAGGCCUGGCGUAGUCGCCCACCUGAGUUCUAUGCUAAUACCCGAGCCAUCAGCACCGAGGUGUGACUGAACCCAAACUCCUCCAAACUCCACCCGACAACACAAAUAUUUCUGAUUUGUGUGCACUGACAAAACCCCCUGCAACCACCAGAGGCAACCUGGUGGACAAAAAGCUUUCUGCUCUUAUUUAUUUAUUUAUUUAUUCCUUUUGUUAGCAUUUAGAGUUAGUAUCAGUUUCAGUCACCGGUGAUGAUACAAGGGUCAAUAUCACAACUAUUUAAACAUUUAUGUUCAGUAAAACUGUGUUUUAUGGGUAUAAAACAUUGUCUCUUUACUGUGUGAGGCCUAUUUUAACAAAACUGGGAUUUCUUGUUUGUCUGUCAUCACUGGCAGAUUGAAGAUUGUGUUAAGGAGUUUAGAAUAAGAAACAUAUUUAAG